AUGGUUGUGCCGUUUUACACGUAUGCAAACAAAUAUAUUGGUACAUUUCUUGGAUUUAUUGUUAUCUUGAUAGUUUAUUACACUAACAACAACUGGACUGCAUAUCUUCCUAUCAAUUCCAACAGGUUAUAUAACAACCAAGCAAAACUAUAUGAUGUGCAUGACAUCCUUGAUGACAAGAAAUUAUUUGAUAAUGACAAGUACCAACAAGUUGGUCCGCCAUAUUUCACGGCUGCUAAUUUAGUUAUCUACGGAGCAUACUUUUGUCUUUACCCAUUUGCCAUAUUAUACCAUUUUGUCACUGAAUGGCAGUCGAUGAAGACUAGUUUUGUUAAUGUGUGGACAACAAUUACUGAUUCAUUUCAAUCGACCCACAACGACGCCAAUCAUUAUGGGAGAUAUUCUGAAGAUCCACAUUGUAAAAUGAUCUCAAAAUAUGAGGAUGUACCCAACUGGUGGUUUAUUACUAUUUUGGUAGUAAGUACUGCAUUUGCUGUGUCUGCUGUGGUGUUCUAUCCUGUAGAAACUCCAGUUUGGGGAAUUUUUUUCACUAUUGCCAUUAAUUUCGUGUUCUUGAUUCCAUUGACAUCGAUUGCUUCCGUGACGGGGUUUUCUUUUGGGUUGAAUGUACUUGUGGAAUUGAUUGUUGGUUACGCGAUCCCCAAUUCAGGGAUUGCAUUGAUUACAUUAAAAGCAUAUGGAUACAACAUCGACAGUCAGGCAAGCAACUAUAUCACUGAUCAGAAACUUGCCCAUUAUUCUAAAAUUCCUCCACGUGCUAUCUUCAAGGGCCAAAUAUUGUCAACACUUCUCAACAUUGUGAUUGCAUUAAGUGUGGCUAAUUGGCAGAUAGAUAACGUGCCAAAUAUCUGUGAUCCGCACCAAAAGGAUAAGUUGAAAUGUCCUGGAGCCAACACGUAUUUUUAUUCCAGUAUCCAAUAUGGUGAAAUAGGACCUGCUAAAGUAUUUAGUGGAUUAUAUCCUGUGCUCAAGUGGUGUUUUCUCCUUGGUGUUCUUUUAGUAUUUCCUUGUGUGUGGUUAAAAAAUAAUGGUCCAAAAAGAAUAUUCAAGUAUUUCCAACCAACAGUAAUCAUAGGUGGAUUUUUGGAUUUUGCACCAUAUAACUUGCUGUAUUACACUGGAGGAUUAUAUAUUUCCUACAUUUUCAUGUAUGAAAUCAAAAGAAAUUACUUGUUGUGGUGGGAAAAAUACAACUAUAUAUUGACAAGUGCUCUUUCUGCCGGUGUUGCUUUUAGUGCAUUGUUAAUCUUUUUCACGGUACAAUACCAUCCACAUCCAUUAUUAUGGUGGGGCAAUCUCGUUGGAGAACAAGGAUAUGAAGGAGGUGAAAGACCUGCCAUAUGGAAAGAUAUAAGCACCGCUCCAGGUGGCUACAUAGGAUUACGUAAGGGAAAUUUCCCUUAA